GAGACAUUCAAGCGGCAUAUUGUAAGACAGAUGAGCUGCACGAGAGUAAUAAAACCAUCUGAUGUCCACCUAGACGCCUAUAUUCUGUCUUACACCAUCCCCACUUGAGUCCCUACCAGAUAAUCGUACAACCAUGGCAUCCAUAACCACACUUUCGAAGUCUGGCACCAACGACGAUAACGUCAUUUUUACAGCCAAUGAAAGCGAAGUGGCGCGUCUCGACAAGCAACAUAGAAUCGUUCUCUCGGCGAUGCCCACGCAGGUCCUGGCACCUAUCGAUUUAAACACAGGAGGCCUCCGCAUACUGGACCAGGCAACAGGAAGUGGAAUCUGGCUCCGCGAUCUUCGUGACACCAUCACUCCUCACAUCCCCAACGCAUACGUAGGCACAGACAUCGAGACUAGCUAUUUCCCCUCCGCUACAUCCAUUCCCAGCGACAUGAGCUAUUCCUCGCAGUCUAUGACUGCUUCUUGGCCUACCGAAUGGCAAAACUCAUUCGACUUGGUGCACUCCCGCUUCGCACUCCCCGGUAUCGGAACUCACCCCCUCGCCGACGUGGUCAACAACCUCAUCGCACUCGUCAAGCCCGGAGGUUGGAUCCAAUUCGUAGAGAUGGAGUGGGAAAGUUGGGAUUUCGGUGUUGCGGGACAACAGCUUCAUCAUGCGACGAAGCAGUUAUUUGCUACCGUAAGCAAUGGCCAAGGUGUGGAUCUAAGAGUGAAGCUGUCAUCGUUGUUGAAGGACGCGGGGUUGAUUGAUAUCGGGGAAAAGGUUGUGGGUAUUCAAGUUGGUAAAAGUGCCAAAGAAGUCGUCAGGGAGAUGAGUCAGGAAAUUAUGUUCGCGACAGCAAGCGGAGUGGUGGACACGCUUGGGAAGCUUGGAUUGGGAAAAGACGAUUUGGACAGUAUGCCGGGUCGACUGAUUGAGGAAAUUAGGGAGAGAGGUGGGGAGUGGAAAGCUUGCGUGGUGUGGGCACAGAAGCCAUGUUGAUUCAAGGGUAUGUCGUGCACGCCUUGACGGAGAUACUCGGUGUGACCAUCGCGAAGUAUGGAACCGGAUGAGAGGCUUUUCAUCAGAGUGACAUGUGUAAGACAAUUCUGCGGAUGUGUCCAGAACUAGCAUACCGUGGUACAGAUGUGAGCCAUAGGGGUCAUACAGUGCCGUUGAUUGGGUCCAACCGUGGUUAGCUGCAGACCUAUUCAGCUAUACUUGACAAUAUCAUACGUGAGAGAAUUGAGUUUGCGUCGUACAACGUAGUUGUACUCAUUUGAUGGAAGAACAAUCACUCUAGUGUGCAUGGUGGCUUAGCUGGCUCUAGCGAGAGAAAAUCGGGGAAAUUGGCUGGUGGUGUGAUGCUUUACACGCACACCAUAAAAAUAGCACGACGCAAUCUUCGAAAUUAAUUUUAAUAUAUCC